AAAAAGGAUGAGCAUAGUGAUGAUGGAGAGAGGUACGUGGCUUACAUUCAGCAUAAUUCACUGUGAAACGUCUCCACCUUCUUCCUUCCUUUCAAUGGAGCUUCACCAUCUUUUACUGAAAUCCAAAGCUCGUUUUUCACAUUCCCUUCUUCUUUACCUUACACUGUAAAUCAAAACCAUGUCCUUCUUUCAUCCCUUUCUCCUCCUUUCCUAAUCCAAUUCCCCUCUUGGCUUCCCCCUUUCCUCUUCACUCCCAUGGCUUCCGCCGAAGAACCCAACAAACCCACUUCCCUUUUCGACUCCUCAUCAUCCUCCUCUCAGCCUCUUCUCUCCAAUUCCCCUGCUUCUCUCUUCCCUUACCCUUCCAUUGAUGACCCACCUCACAACAAUCCCCAUGAAUCCGACUCUUCUCAGUUCCUUCAGAUCUCCUACAACUAUGGCCACAGACCUUUCAAGGAUAUCCCAAUCCUUGUUCUUUUCCUUCUUUUUGUUGUUUCCUCGUUUGGGUUUGGGAUUUUCGCCUCUUUCAAUCGAAAUAUCCAUUACCCUGAUCUCUCUUUCUAUCACUUUGAUUCUAAAACCUCCAAUUGUGUUAUGAUGAACUCGCUUUCUUCUUCUUCCUUCAAUUGGGUCUCUCUUUACUCCACUUCUUCCUCUGUUUUCAAAUCCUUGAUUUGGACCCUUGUUGUUACUUUGAUUCUUAGCUUACCCAUUUGCUUUCUUUUACUUCUCUUGCUCAAACACUACACCAGACAGAUUGUCUACGCUUUACUUCCUUUCUUUGUUCUCGUUCCUAUCUUCAUCAAUGUCUAUUGGUUUGUUGCUUGUACGGUCAACUCCACUUGCAGUAAUGACUUCCCGAUGGUGUAUAGGAUUUUAGUUCUCAUCUUCAUAUUCUUGGUGAUUGGGGUAAUUGUGUGGAUUUUUAUCGUUAAUUGGCAUCGAAUUGAGCUGACGAUUCAAAUAAUUGGGGUUGCUUCGGAUGCAUUGUCGAUGAAUCUGGGUUUGUUUGUGGCUAUACCGAGUAUGACACUGGGGCUAUUGAUUUAUUUUGCGCCAAUCGUUCUGUUCUUGGUGUUUGCGAGGAUGAAUGGGAAAAUUUUACCCCGUCACCAUGGAUCAAGUGGAGAAUAUAGUUGUGUUUGGAAGGAAGAUAAAUGGGUACCUGCUUACUAUGCUUUGGCGAUUCUUACAAUGUUGUGGUCUGCUGCUGUAAUGGUGGAAGGACAAGUUUAUGUGAUUAGUGGUACCAUAUCGCAGUGGUAUUUCUCGAAAGAAGAGGAUGACACUCCAAGACGGAGCAUUAGAAAGUCUUUAAGGAAUGCAUUUGGCCCCUCUGCUGGCACUAUAUGUUUAUCUGGAUUACUAAUUCUUGUGGUGCGUGUUGUUCGUGCUGUAGUCGAUAGUGCAAGACAAGAAGAUAUUCCUGGGAUGUUCAACCUUAUUUUACGUUGCUGUGUAAAUACAUUUCUGGCAGCUGUUGAUUAUCUGAACAAAUUUGCAAUAACUUUUGCAGCAAUAACAGGUGAAGCUUACUGCUCAUCUGCACGAAUGACAUACGAACUUUUGAAACGAAAUCUCCUCUCAACUGUUUUCGUGGAGACAAUUUCGACACGUUUGUUAGCUGGAAUUGCCUUUGUCCUCUCAGCCAUAUAUGCAAUUGUGGCUUGUGCUAUCUUGCAUGCUGUGAGCCAUCUUGGGGUUGAUACAUACUUCAUUGCUGUUGCAGCAUGGCUGCUCUUGAUUGUCGUACUCGCAUUCUUUAUCCACGUACUGGAUAAUGUAAUCGAAACUGUAUAUGUUUGCUAUGCUAUUGACAGGGACAGAGGUGAAGUGUGCAAACAAGAUGUUCAUGAAGUUUAUGUUCAUCUACCCAUUAGCAGGAAUCACAGAUCAUCAAUGGCAACUACUUCACUCCUUGUAUGAUAAAUUAGUGUUGCAAUUCACUUAGUAUGGUUUUGAUUAUUGACAGUGGUUGAAAUUGUUGCGAUUCUGUGUAUAAUGAGUUGUCACCUUUGUACAUUUUGAGCCCUUUUUCCCUCCCUCUUUUAAGUUGACGAAGUUUUAGUGAGAAGAUUGCAAAUUUUUAUCUCAUGAAAAUAGAAGACCAAAACUUUAGGCCUUGUUGUUUAA